AUGGAUAAAAUAUGUACCGCCCAAAAAAAGGGAGGCAAAGGAACAAACGUGACACUCAAAAUUGCCAAAAAGGCCAUACGGAUCACCCCAGAGGGAAAACGCCGGCUCGUCCUCAACAACAUGGGAAUAAGAGACUUCCCAAAUUGUCUCUUCAAGCUCACUAAUGUAGAUGAGUUGGACCUCAGCCGCAACUUCCUACAGACACUCCCAGAUAACCUCGGGAACCUGACGUCACUCAGCUGGCUGGAACUUCACGGUAACAAGCUGGAAUCUGUGCCAGAGUCCAUAGGCAACCUGGUGGGACUGACUCACCUCAACCUUGCUAAUAACAACAACCUAACUUCGGCCGGUUUACCCUCCUCACUUGGUUCCCUCACCAACCUGAAGAGUCUCAAUCUGGGAAUGAACGGGCUGGACGCCCUGCCUGCCACCCUGGAGCGCUUAGACAGCCUCCAGGAGUUAGGCCUGUUUGAUAACCACUUCACCAAGCUACCAAGUAGCUGUGGUGAAGUGAUGAAGAAGAAAGUGUCACUGCAAAAAGGACAUGUGUACGUGGUCCAUGAGAGCAGUCUGUGUGGCUCAUGCCUUCAGAAAUGUAAAGCUCAGAGGGAAAGGCUUACAAGAGGAGGAGAAUGACGAGAAGGUGGCGGUUAUAUGUUAAAGGAAAGGAAAAGUAGGACAUAUUCUGGACUGAUGACACCAAACUCAGUGGCCAUAGUCAAUCAGGAUAUGUGGAGAAUUAAAAGAAAAGGUGGAAAAUAA